CGCAAAUUACAGAGACUGAGAGGAAGCUGUUCCGGUCACCUCAGAACGAAAAUGCUCAAGGGAAAGCAAAAUGAACUUGGAACAAACAAGCAGGAGUUUAUUAACAUAGGACCAGAAUCUUCCACAUUUCAAGAGAAGCAGGGGUGCUUCAGGACAGACCAGAGAGCUAAUGUGUGGAGAGAAGAACAGAAAAAACAGGAACUGAAAGUUCACGGAGCAUUGUCUCUCCAGCAAAGCACAGUGUUCGUAAGGGGCAAAGGAACAGAUCCCCAGUUGAGAACAUGGCGAUUGAUAACUGUUUUCCUAGGAACUGCAUGCAUUAUUUUGAUUAUAAAAGUGAGCUUCUUGCUUCCAAACUUGUUUCCUAGAGGAGAGAAGCAAAGCAAAGAGACCUCCCUUCUUGAUUUUCUAUGUCAUAAGAAUGCUGACCGCUCCUGUCAUCAUUGUUCACGUGACUGGAUUGCUUUUGGAAACAAUUUCUAUCAUCAUGUUCCUGAAAUCAAAACCUGGGCAGACAGUCAGUCUGCCUGUGAGGAGCUGAAUUCUCAUCUUGUGGAGAUAGACUCCAAAGCAGAGCUGGAAAACUUGUUAUUGUUUGAAAUUAGUGGCUGGAUCCAUCUCAGAACUGAUGAAUUCAAUGGGUCCUGGCUGUGGAAAAAUGACACUAAAACACAGCAAACCCUGUAAGUACAAUGUUUAUACAAAGUGGG